AUGGCUCGAAAAGCUGGUUACCAGAAGCUGCCAUCGCCUGAGAUUCCCAGAGGUUCUCCUACUGCUACCAGAACUAGACUUCAACGAAGUCCGCCUCCACCACCUCCUAAGGAAUUGCUUGUCAUCGACGAUACUGAGGAAGAAGAAGAGCAGGAGAAUGAGGAGGGAAAGGAGGAGGAGGAGGAGGUCGAGGGAGAGGUCGAUGGAGAAGUCGAUGGAGAAGUCGAUGGAGAAGUCGAUGGAGAAGUCGAUGGAGAAGUCGAGGCGCGUUUACAACAAUUAGAAAACGGAGCCGAAGAAGAUGAAGAUGAAGGUGAAGGUGAAGAUGAAGGUGAAGGUGAAGGUGAAGGUGAAGGUGAAGGUGAAGGUGAAGGUGAAGGUGAAGGUGAAGGUGAAGAUGAAGGUGAAGGUGAAGGUGAAGAUGAAGAAAAUGAAGAGGCUAGGGAAGGGAAGGGAGAAGAUAUAAAUCUUCAAGCCGACUACAAUACCCAAGAAGGCAGUCAGGGAAGUGGUAGUCAAGAAGAGGAAGGAAGCAACGAUGCUGGCCACUUUAAGGAAAAUGGCGAUGAUGGGACGUCGACUUAUGAUGAUGGUAAAUCCUCUCAGUGUCGCCCUGAUCCCUCCUUGCUAUUGGCCAAUAUCGAAUACCUGGAUGAUGCUGCUACCAAUGUCCUCAACUACUUCCUCAACAAUACCGAUGGGAGCCGUUUGGACUCGGAAACCCUGGGAGAGGUUAUGGCCUUCUAUGUUCCCUCCGAGGAUCGCCUUAUCAAUCCUCGCAGAAUCGCCUCUAUAUUUGAGAUUGACAAGUACGAAAAUGGUCUCGAUAAAAUCUUUGAUCCAAUCCUUCGAAAGGCCAACUUGGCCGCUUUUUCUGUUAUGGCUUUACACCCCAAUCCUCCGACCUAUUUUUCUCUCGGAUCUUGGAGUAGGGCCCUUGUUCUCGCUGACUGUUUUGACGGUGUUCACGAUGCUGCAAACUUUGAGCUCGUGAAAGAGCUACGCACACAACUAUACAUCCGCGGUAUAGGCAUGCAGCACGAGGUUCGUGAAGAAGGAACCACCAAUUGGCCCGACCAAAUUCUUUUAGGUGUCUUCUGCGUCAAUAUGCCGCCAGAAAACCUGCCCUUCGAGCGGACCUCCGUCUUCAAGCAGAAACUAAAGGAAGAAAAGCUUACAGGGUGGAGUUCAGAAGAUGGUAGUGCGGAGGGGCUUAAAGAAACUUUCCGGAAGGAUCUUAUGGAUCAUAUCACUCUGCUUAGAACUUACACCGAGAACGUGGAAGGCGUUCCUACUGCAGACUUCGACGGGUUAACUAAGAGGUACCCCUACGAAGACUUUCAGCACAAAUAUUUGGAAUGGCUCGAGCAGGCGUGUGACCAUAUUUCUCAGUCGAGGCCUUCGAUUGGUUUGGUCCGAGAGGCUUCAAAGCAACUCGCUCAGGAUUUCGAAAACUUCCAUGAUAACUUUGAGCAUUGCAUGAUGGAGCCACAACCUGAAGAUAAUCCGGGGUCACGAUCACCAUCCAUGAUCCAUCCAUCACGACGAACGACAGGUACAUCAGUUGUAGAAAAGGAAAUAUUAGAAGAGCCUUCCCAAACCGGGCUGCGAGCUACGUCGAGCUCAAAACUCCUUGAUUCGGCUACUAGAAGUAGAUUGAUCAAAGUGAAGGAGUCCACGAGAGCAGCCGGGAAACCGACUUUUCGUUCUUCUACGGGGUUAACAUUGCCAACAUCAUCCCAACCACAACCGUCAGCGUCCCAAGACAAAAGCAGAGUUCGACGUAGCGCGCCAUCAACUUUUGGUGGGGGAUCCGGUCUAGGGUUUGAUAUUAACAAGUCUCUAGCCAAAGCCGCGCGACAAGAGGAGAAGGAAAAUACCAAGCCACCUCCUCGUGAAGAGAUCAAGAAGGGGCGCUUCAACCAAAGCCAAGAGACCAGGACAGCCGUCAACUUCAGCGAUGAUAAUGAUGCUUCAAUCAGUCCAGGCCCUUCGCGACCUGUAGUUGAAACCGCUUCUGUCAAUGAAGAAGGGGAACAAGAUCCGUAUCUUUCGGGGGAAGAGGGAAGAGGAGGAGCAGAAGAAGAACAAGAAGAACUAGUAGGAGAACCGGAAGAAGAACCGGAAGAAGAACCGGAAGAAGAACCGGAAGAAGAACCGGUAGAAGAAGAAGAAGAAGAAGACAGCGUCGGCCUCACUGUCCCUCAUCCUCCUGGUCCCUCGAAGACGAAAAAGCGCGCCCGUUCUCCAUCAGAUGAUGAAUACCAGUCGUCGGAUGAAUAUACUACUAACAGCAAGAAUGCCGGGAUGCGAAAGAAAGUACGCUAUGGAGAUAUAGUAAUCAAACACAGGGCAAGAAGAUUUGAACCCGAGAAAGGAGCUUCUCGUCCUGAACGACGGCGUUCUCCACCACCAUCUCCACGUCGUUCCUCUCGGGAAAACCCAUUAGAUCCUCCUCGAAGGAAAAGAAGUGAAACCCCGGAAGACCAUGGAAGGCCUCUUGUACAUUUUGUCCCCCCCAAACCCCGGAACCGCUGGACAGACGAUGAAGUCGAAACUUUAAUAAAGGCUAUUGGAGAGAUUGGGAUUUCCUGGGCUACGAUUGGAGCUAGUUAUUUCGCCGGAUCUCGCGAUGGUGGACAACUCAAAGACAAGGCCCGCAAUCUGAAGUACGAGUAUCUGAAGCUAGGGAAAACACUACCACUCAAUUUUGAGCAUGUCACUUUCGAUCAAAAAAUGAUGGGCAAGCUUGAGAAAGCCGGUCUACAGUAUAAGAAAGGCAAACUUCGAGCGACCCGUCUACAUCGGUCGAGAUAA